AUUUUUUUUAUCCUAUUCGCGUUAAAAAUAUGGUUUCUGAUUUCAAUUUCCAGAUAACAGUGCAUUUUUCUUUUUAAGGAGUGCUUUGUUCGCUUUAGCCAAAACCAAAAGUCAAGUUACACAAGUUUCCUCUUUCGUUGAACUCGACUGUGAUAUUAUGUGAACAAUUAUUAUAUUUGACUAACUCAUCAUAAUAUCCCUUGUAUAGCAAAACUUUUCGAGAAUAUAAUCAUCUAAUCUGAAUAGAUAAUACAUUUAUGAAAGCAAAUUAUAUACCAUGCAUAUAUAAUUAGGUCGCUAUAUAUGUAAUAUAUUUAUCGGAUGCAAACUGCGAGUGUCUUCAAUUCUGUUGACUGUCAUUUCAAAUGUCGACUUUUCCAGUUUACUGUACUUUUAAGACUGACCAUAAUACAAUGAGUCAUAUCAACAUGACUGACAAACUAAUAGGGAACACAGUAAAUACAUACGAUACAUAGUUUAUUGCCUUGUAAUUUUAUGUAUAUAUAUAUAUACGUAUAUACAGUGGAUCAUUCAAUAACAAUUGUUGAUGAAGUAAGUAUAUGUGAACAUUUUUUAAUUUUUUGAAUACAUUCCAUUAUUAGUGAAAUAUUACUGUAUUGUUUUUAGUAGUACUUAUAACAAAGUUCAAAGUGAAGAUUUUGUGAUUGAGUUGCAAUGCAAAAAGAGGGCAAGCCUAGGUUUCUUAAACACCACAGCAAUAGUGUCCGAGGUGUAGCGUUCAGCCCUCGGGUUUGUAAUAUUGUUUUUUGGUAUUAAUUGUUUGACCAUAAUUUAUAUUAUUUUUUUAGGAUCGGUAUCUAUUCUGUUCUGGCGCUUAUGAUGGAAAAGUUAAUCUUUACUCCUCGUUACGUAUGGAAUUGCUGAUGUCAUAUUCUAUUACCACAAUGGCUGUUGCAAAAAAUGUAAACGCUGUGAGGUUCACUUCUGACGGUUCCAGGGUAAAUACGAUAUAUAAUUAAUAUGGUACCUAUAAGUACAAUUUUUGGCUUUUAUAACCGUCUGGUAAUAGGAUUUAACUUUUCUAUCACGGUUGCAUUGCUUAUAGUACUUAUACCAUUACAUUUUAAUAUAUAACAUAUUUUUACAAUUAAGUAAUAUACUAUUCCUAAUUUAUGUUAUAUAAUUAUGUAUUGACAUAGAACUCAUAGAAUUGACAUAUCAAAUAUAAAUUAAUAAUAUUGGUUUAUAAUUAAUGGUUGUAUAUUCAUCAAGCAAGAAUUUUAACUAAGUAUAUGAAAAAUAAUUUUCUGAUUUUAUAUUAUCUAUUGUAGCCGAAACAAUCAUUAAAAAAUCCGAAAACUUCUUUCUAGCUCAAACAUUAAUUUACCAAUUAUGAACAAAAUUAAUCCUAUAUAGGUAUUUUACUUUGUUUUAUUAACUUGGUGCUUAUGUAAUUAUUAUGCAAUUAAGAAAUUAUUUUUGUUCAAUGUUAUAAUUUAUUUAUUCUUUUUUUUUUAAAAAUUAUUCAUCAUAAUACUAUACAUUUGAAUUAUUAAUAUGGAAUAAAUAAAUUUAUUAUGUGCUAGGUACCUAUUUUUAUUUUAUUUUAUUUGUUUAUUAUAGUUUCUAAUUAAGCAUCUUGAUAUAUUUCUAUUUUACCAGCUACAUUUUUUUUACAUUUUUUUAUUUUCAAAUUAUGUAUUUUUAGAUACUGAAAUGAGAGUGCAUACAAAAGUUGGUGUUGAUCAACAGUUUUAAAGUUAUAGCUAUUUAAAUGUUGUUAAUUUUUUAUGGUUAUGGUUAAAUAGAGCAUGUAUUCGUUAUUUACAACUUACAGUCUGGGUUCGAAUCCGGAAUGACCAACACAAAUUUUGUUUUUCUUCCUGUUACCCAUCCUACGUGAUUUUGCCCAAUAAAUUGCAUGAUAUUCUUGUUAGAAAAAAAAAAAAAAAGUUGGCCUUUACAGGUUUAAACCCAGAUCAUAAGUUUCUUAUGUGUGACUUUGACCAUUGCACAAUGAUAUAAAUAUGUUGUAAAAGGCAAAUGUACAUUAUUUAAUCAUAACCAUAAGAUCAAGAGCUUUAAAUGGCUAUAACUUUGAAACCAUUGAUUAACAACAACUUUUGUCUGCACUAUUAUUUUCAGUACCUAAAAACAUGUAUCUUGAAAAAAAAAAAUUGUCAGUAAAAGGGUGGCGGUAAAAUAGAAAUGUUCCAGCAUCUCUAAAUAAUAAGAUAAUUGAUAUCUGAUUUAAUUAUUAUAGAUUUUAGCUUGUACAACAUCUAGGAGACUUUCAGUUGUAGAUGUUGAACGAGGAGAACAACUGUUAGCUUAUGAUAACUGUGCAGCAAGUGGACGGGAUAGAACUGGCCUGGCUACUGAUCCUUCAUCACCUAACAUCGCUGUUUCUGUAGCAGUAAAUGGCAAAGGUCUUACGUUAUUAGACCUUCGAAUGCCUUUACCUUUAGAUUAUGUAUAUGAUGUGAGUAACUAAAAAGAAAAUAUUAGUUUAUUGUGUGAAUACAAUUAUAUGUUAUUUUUAAUUAUUAUUUUCUUUUUCCUAGUUACAUUCUAGCACUAUUCGUGAUAUAGUUUUUCUAGAAUCUUCAUGGCCCUGGGCAACUAGCAAUGGACUUCUUAGUACUCUUAUUACGGCAGGAUCAGAUGGUUGCUGUAAAGUAUGUACAAUGGACGGCAGAAUAUUGCAUACAUUUUAUUCAGGUCAUCAUUUGAAUACUGUUUGCCCAACGCCAGAACCUUUUCACAGUUUUUUGUCAGACGGAUUUUAUAGUAAGCAUUAGAGUUCUCAGAGAAUAUAGUUUUAAAUAUCGAUAUCAAAGUAUUAUUUUCAAAUUUAAUCUAAAUAUCAAAAAAAUGUUUGAUAUAUGUUAUUGAUAUAUUUGAAUGAAAAAAUAAUAUUUAAAAUAUUUAUUAAUAGAAAAAUUGAUAUCAUUAUACUUAAUAUUUUAAUAAGUAUUGAAAUGAUAAUGAUAAUGAUGAUAAUACACUGCAUUAAUUAAUUACCUAAUAUACUGAUGUAUAAUAAUUUAAUCGAAUCAAACUUUUUACUAUUAAUUAUUAAAUCAAAUUUAUUUUUAAUACACACAUUUUAGGUGUAAUUAUGAGUGGAGGUGAUAAAAUUACAUCAUAUGUACCUAAUUUGGGUAUUCAAGAAAGUUUCUGUGAAAACCGUGAUAAACCAAUUUGGAAAGUUAGAUAUACCUCAAAUGGCAGUUUUCUGUACUCUGUGUGUGAAGGUGGUGUUGUUAGAAAAUAUCGAAGAUAUCCAGAUAGACACGAAUAUCUUGGAGCAGUGUAUACACAUAAAGGAGAUAUUCAAGACUUGGAUAUAUCUCCAUAUGAUGAAUGUAUCCUUUUAACACAAAAUAUUUUGCAAAAAUCACUGAUACUUGCAAUAAAAUUUCACACAGAAUAAAUUUAAAAAAAUAAGUUAUACUUAGAAAUUUAAAAACAGUUAACCAUUAAAACUAAAACUUAAGACAUCUUAAGUUUCAGACAGUUUUUUUCUUUUGUCCUGUUUGGUUUAGCAUUAUUUAGAAAAAACAAUUGGUUCAGGUUUACAUAAUUUGAAUAUUAAUGAAUUUUAUAAAUACUUCAGUUUUGGUUGUUUGUUUUACUUAUUGUCUUCUACAUUUUUGCAUAGCAAAAAUAAAUUGUUAUUUUAUCUUAUUUAUGUUAUUUAAAUUAAAUCAAGAUAGAAAUAUAUAUAGAGAGUGAGACACUCGUAAUCUCAGAAAGUAUUAACUUUAUUUGGAAUUUCUUUUUUGAUAAAUUUGAAUAAACAAUUAUCUUUAAAUUAUUGUAAUUAAGUUUUCAACCCUUAUAUUUCGAAGUAAAACUAUCACUCAUUUUUGUUUUUCAAAUAACAUCACAUAUUUUUAUUUAAAAAAAAGUAUUAAUUUUUAACGUCAGAAUUUUUAUUUUUCAUCACAUAAGUAAUUCAUUGAGAAAGUUUAGUUUAUUUUGCAAAACAAUAAUUUUUUAGAAUAUGUUAAUUUAAUUACUUAUUACUAAUGAUGGCUAAAUUUAAUUCAAUUUAGGUAUUUCUUAAUUGCAUAAAAUUGUGGCCACUGUUCACCAAAAUUAUCAUUUUAUUAAUAACUAUAUUGUAUAAUAAUUGCAAUAUUAUUGGUCUAUCUAAACAUUGGAAUUGUAACUGGUAAUCUUGAGUUGUUAUUUACUAAUUGAAUACUUUAUGUUACUACAAAGGGCCUUCUAUUAUAUCCUACAUCAUGUAUUUAUGUAUUUGAAAGACUUAUAUCCAUAGACUUUAACAUUUUGACGAAACAUUCAGUAUGAAAAUGCGUUCCAGUUGGUGGAGUUUCAUUACCAAGACAGAAACAUGUAAGCAAUAAAAGUAGUAUUUUAAUUUACUGUCUUGAGUGCAAAUUUACUUUCUCUCUCUCAUACUUUGACUAGACUUUAUAUAAGCCUAUUUCUCUUGGUCCAAGUAAACCAACUACAUCUAGUUAUCGAGGUUAAUGUCUGUUUAGAUGUAUAAGUCUGGUUAUAUCUCACAAAUGGAUCAUCAAAAUUUAAAUCUGUUAACGGCAACUUUUUAAUACUUUUGAGAUAGUGAGUAUCUCACACCUAAACAGUAGUUAGAAACUGCUUAUUUCAUACAGCUCAAUUUAGUGUGACAUAAUUUAAUUUAAUAUUUUUUAAUCAUAGAUAUCUUUUUAAAUUUUACACAUCCUAUGAAAAAUAAUCGAACUAUGUUUAUUUUAUGAUGACAAAUGUUCAGAUAUUAGAAAUAUAUCUGCAAAAUAUAGUAUGUUUGGGUCUACAUACAUGUGUGUAUAGGCAUUUUUCUGAUCAUACUAAACAGAUAACUAUUUGCAGUUUGUGCUUAGGUUGGGUUUGACAGGUACAAGUAAUUUUGAUGGGAAAAUUGAAAAAAAAAAAAAAUAGUGAAUAUCCAAUACUAAUAUUUAACAUACUAAUUUCAAAUUGUUAAAAUAGGAAAAUCAAACUUUUAUUUCUGUCUAACCCAGGCCUCUGAACCUUCUCAAUUUUUUUAUGUUACCCAAGAGUUCUAAAAGGUUGUUUAAUCACUGGAAUAGGUUAUAUAUAUAUAUAUAUAAGUUGUAUUUAAUUUAAAUAGUUAUUUAAUGCAUGAUUUAUUAUAGUUUAAUAACUAAUUAUUUAUAGUUUUAAUUGGUUAAAUCAAACUUUUAUAAACUCAUGAUUCAGUCUAACUGGUACAUAAUAUAUUUAUGGUUUUUAUUCAGUUCACUGAAAUAUUAUUUCUUGACCAGUUUUGAUAUUUGAGAUUACACAUCUUUUUUAUUUUUACCCCUUAUUUUAAUUUCAUAAUUACUGAAUAGUUUAUUAAAUUGGAUUAGUUGUAAAUACAUCUACCACAUGUAAAUUUAAUUUAUUUUGAAGUUUUCCCUUAAUUUUUCAAAUUAUCAGACUUAGUUACAGCAUCAAAGGAUCGAACAGUAGGAGUAUUACGAUUGGGAGCACCUAGCCACGGAUGGACGGACUACGGUGAAUUAACGUGAUAAUUUGAGCAAUAUUUGGACAAGAUACAAAACUAAUAUAUUAUAUUUAUUAUAUUUUAUUUAUCAUUUAGUAUUUAUUAUAAAAUAUGAAAAUGUGUAUAUUUUAAAGUAUGUUAUAAGGGAUUUUUUUUAAAAACUUUAUAAUGCCAACAGAAGCACCAAAUGAUGUGUGAUAUAUAAUGUAUUAAAUUUAAAACAAAAUUAUAAUAUACUGUUUUGGGUAAAUUUUUGGUAAAAAAAAUUUGAAUUAGAUUCUUUACUAGAUGGUUAAAUUGUUAACAAAUAAUUUUUGUGUUGCUAAUUUUUUUUCAAUUUUUGAAAAUAAAGUUUUGAACUAUAUAUUUUUAAUAUUAUCAAAAGCAUUAGAAUAUAUUUGAUCAAUUAAAAUAUUCUAUAUACUAUUAAAGUAAAUAAAUAAAUAAUUCAAAUUUUACAAUAUACCUUAUUACAUUAAUUAAUAGAUAAAUUGGUACUUAUUUGAUUGUUAAAUUGGAAAAAAUCAGCUAGUAUAAUAUAUAAUGACAUAUUUAUUUAAUAAAUAAAAUAACCUUAAAGUAGCAUAAUUGACUGAGCAAGAAAAAAUUUUAAGAGGUGAGGGGAGGGUAUGGUAGUUUUUGAUAUCACUUUGUACGUGUGCACUCCAAUUAAAUUGACGGGUGGAAAAAAGAUAAUAUUCCUCAUUACCUAACUCGGAAAAUUAAAAAAAUAAACAACUGUUUAUUUUCUUAAGUUUUAAUUAAAUAAAAAACUUGUCUGUACUUGUCUGUGGCAUACAGUAACCUACAUACACAUUCGGUAUAUAAUAUUUAACCUCUUAAAAUAUGAGAUCAUAAUAAUCUAUAGGUUUUUUUUUUGUUUAGAAAAGCCUUGUCUGCUAUCUAAUUGCUAUCUCAGUUUAUUUUUCAUAUUUUUGGAAUAUAUCCUUUUUUCAUUCAGUUGUUUAUAAUUGCUGUGCAUGUAAUGUUCAUUGAACUACUAGUUGUAAAUAUUCCACUAAUUCUCCUUUUCCCUUCCAUGUGGAAUGAAACUAUAAAACCAUUGUUAAUAAUUUAAAACUUUCCCAUAACCAGACAAAGAGUAUUAAUUAUCAGUUUUAAAAACUCUCAAUGUUGUAUUGAGACAUUGACUCAACAGACAUAUACAACUGCAUUAGUCCAAUUAAAAUGUGUGUUACAACUACAAAAACAAAGUUAUUUUCAUUGUUUUCUUAAUGUAAUACUAACAGUAUUGAUAGGUAUUUGUUAUUUUGCUUACCAUGUACAAUUUAAAUAAAUUGUUUUUUUUUUUGUUUUUUUAUUCUCUGUGAAUACAAAUGAAUUACUAUUAAAACUAUACCUAUGUUGGCAUUGUGUUUAUUGUACAACUUAAUUUUAAAUUAUAUUAUAACAUUGUAAAGAAUUAAAGAUGUUCAUAUAGUUUUUUCCUACAUGGCAAAGGUGGUUCUUGACCUUUAAUUUAAUUAUAAAACAAAAUUAGUAAAUAGUAUGAUUUAUUAAUAAAUCACAAACUUGUAACACUACCUAUUAUUCAUUUUUAAUUUGUUUACUAGGUAUAUCAUGG